AUGGGGACGGGGCCGUGGGAAGGCUAUGUUGGUCUGGGGAUGCAUGGUCGGGUUGGCAGGGCAGGAGCGGCAAGGUCGGGGCCACGGGGAUGGGGCCGCUGGAAGGCGUUGUUGGUUGGGGCCACAUGGUCGGGCCGAUGGGGUAGGAGCCCGCGAGGUUGGGGCCGCGGGGAUGGGGCCGCAGAAGGUGUCACUGGUCUAGGCCACAAGGUCGGGCCGACGAGGUCGGGGCCAUGGGCUUGGGGCUGUGGGGUAGGGACGGGGCCGCGGGUCAAGGCUGCGGGAAGGCAACACAGGUCGAGGCCACAUGGUCAAGCCAAUGGGGUAGAGGCCGACGAGGUCGGGGCCGCAUGCUGGGGGCAGCAGGGCAGGGGCCGCAAGGUCAAGCCGACAAGGUCGAGGAGGUCACGAGCGUGGCCAAAGCACGGGUUCGGGGCCGUGGGAUGCCAGAGCAUAGGGAGGGGGAACCGUCGAGAAGGAGGUGGUGGGGAGGAGGGGAACCAUCGGGGAGGCAUCGAUGGGGGGCAACCGUGA